CGGCUGAAGCCGGUCGUCGUCUGCGAAGUCUCUGGAACUUAUCCCUUCAUGCGUUUACUGAAAAUGUGUAUGGGCUGAAAAAUUUGUAAAGUUGCUAGGGUUUGUCGGUGAUCUCGAUCUCUCUCUUUCUGUCAGCACCGACGAUGCCUUCGGUGCUCGGAGAAAUCCUCCUCCGACGAGCAAAGAUGAUCUCAUCAGCUACUUCAUGUGGUGUACAUGGUGGAUCGUGUUCUCAUCGCCUGAAAAAGCUCGAAAAGUGGAAUCGUCGUAGUAAUUUGAGUUGACAUUAGAUCUUCUUCGGUUUCAUCUUCUUCUUCUUUCGUCGUUCUCGCCUUCCGUUCGGACUGAUCGUCAUCUAGAGACUCCAAAACACUAAUCGUCAUAUAGGCGCUAUAUAAAGCAUUGAUUUGCUUCGUCUGGGUUUGGGAUCUGAAGUUGUUGGAAUUGUUUCUGUCGGGGUUGCUUUUUUGGCCAGAUCUGAUUUUAUUGCCAAGUUUUUGGUGUGGAUUCCCUCUUGCAACUCGAGUUUUUUCAUAAAUAUAAUACCUGGAUGGAGGAACCAGAGGCAGUGCAUCCUUUUGAUAAUUCUGUUUCUGGAGGUUCUGGCUUUGAGUUAAAUCAUCAUAAACUUAGCUGCGAGAGACCUUCCGCUGAAGUUGAACUGUGCACCUCUACUAAUAUGACAGAGAAUGCUGUGAACAAGGUACAGCAGGCUUCUUAUUACUGCUCUGUUAUAAAAAAUGACAAUGUUGUGGAUGAGAAAGUUGGUGUUGAUGAGACAUUUAAUCUUCAAAUUUCCCAUGAGCAACAUGCUGGACAUGAUCCAACAUCUGAAGCGGAUAAGGUGUCUAAUUUUGAGGAUAUCAGUUUAUGUAAGGAGUUCAUUCUUUCCGAUGUUAGAAUGCAGAAAUGUUUGAUCAAGUCUGCAACUUUCCCAUCCUCUGAAGUAGAUUCUUUAAAUUUCUUUAAUCUUGGUAUAAAUGGGUCAUCAUCUUGUUCAUCUGCACCAGUCCAAAAUUCUUCUUAUGAUCAGCUUCCUACAUAUAAGCGCUCAACCUCUCUCCCUGCUUCUUCCAAGCUUGUCUCUGCCAUGAAAGGAGGUCGAAAACAGAACGAAACAUCACCGAGGGUGGAUAUGCGCGUCAAAUGGGCCCAAGAUGUUUAUGAUCCUCCAGCAACUUCUAUGUCACACACUGUAAAAAGCUACAACAUCCAGCGUCCCAAGUCCAAGAAAAAGGAUAAUCGCAGGCAAAAACACAGCAAGGGUAAGAACUCUCGAGGCAACAACACUGGGAAGAAGAUCCCAAAUCGGGGAAAUGUUGGCAGCAUAUCUGCACCUUUCCCAGCAAAGUUGCAGACUGGUGGAGCUAAUGGACCGGCGACACCGUCGGAAGAUAUCUUGGAGUUUGGAGUUGGUGGUCUUCAUGAUAUGAAGUGUGGGAGCAGCAUCUUCCUGAGGGAGUCACUGGCUAAAAUGCACCUGUCCUUCGGUGAGGCCACCUGAUCCAGUGAGUCAUGACUCACUUUCCAUGAAAAGUAAUAUGAUAUAAGAUAAAUAACAAUAAAACAUUGCGUUCUCGUUAUUGUUGAAUAUGUUCUCGUAAGUGCUAGCUUCCAAUGGCUUUGUGAACCAUUGUUCUUGCUUUUGUAUGUAAAUAUGAUAUUUUGAGUUGUUACGAAGCAGCAAUUUCUGGAAUA